GCGCAUUCAUACUUGUACAACCACGACGCGACUUUUCUGAAGACACAUCCACUGCGGCCAUGCCCAAGGCCUUCCCACUCCCUUCAGACCUCUCGCCGGCGACGGUCUCCAACACCGCUUCGCUUUUGAGAAUCGUCGCUCUUUCCCUCAUCUCCGGUGCUGCCAUCGCGUCCCGACUGUUUGCGGUCAUUAAUUUCGAGAGCAUUAUCCAUGAAUUCGAUCCCUGGUUCAACUAUCGCGCUACCCGCGUUCUCGCUUCCCAGGGUUUCUAUGAAUUCUGGAACUGGUUUGACCCGACAGCAUGGUAUCCUCUUGGACGUGUCGUCGGUGGAACCGUGUACCCCGGAUUAAUGGCCACGAGCGGUGUCAUCUACAACUUCCUCCGCGCUCUCAACCUCCCGGUGGACAUCCGCAACAUUUGUGUCAUGCUCGCGCCCGGCUUCAGUGCGCUGACGGCUUUCGCUACCUACCUCUUCACCAAGGAGAUGAAAGACGCUAGCGCUGGUCUCCUCGCUGCUGCGUUCAUCGGUAUCACACCCGGUUAUAUCUCGCGUUCCGUCGCCGGUUCCUACGACAAUGAAGCCAUUGCAAUCUUCCUGCUCAUGUUCACGUUCUUCUCGUGGAUCAAAGCUCUCAAGUUAGGUAGUGCUAUGUGGGGAACCAUCUCUGCGGUGUUUUACUUCUACAUGGUGGCGGCAUGGGGUGGUUAUGUUUUCAUUACGAACAUGAUCCCCCUCCACGCCUUGGUUCUUGUCCUGAUGGGCCGUUUCUCGAACCGUCUCUACGUCGGGUACUCGACCUGGUAUGCGAUUGGAACGCUUUCCAGCAUGCAAGUCCCUUUCGUCGGUUUCCAGCCGGUUUCGACCAGUGAACACAUGGCUGCUCUCGGCGUCUUUGGACUGUUGCAGAUUGUUGCGUUCACUCAACUUGUUCGGUCGCAUGUGUCUUCUAAGCAGUUCCAAAACCUGCUUUUCCUGGCGCUGAUCAGCGCGGGCGUUCUUGGAACUUUCGCGUUCAUUGGGCUGACAUACCGGGGAACGAUUGCUCCGUGGACAGGUCGUUUCUAUUCUCUUUGGGACACGGGCUACGCGAAAAAGCACAUCCCCAUCAUCGCUUCCGUCUCAGAGCAUCAGCCUACCGCCUGGCCUUCGUUCUUCAUGGACCUGCAGUUCCUGAUGUUCCUGUUCCCUGCCGGUGUUGCUCUUUGCUUCUACCAACUGCGUGACGAGCACGUGUUUGUGAUCAUCUACGCUGUGAUGUCCAGCUAUUUCGCUGGUGUCAUGGUGCGAUUGAUCCUGACGCUGACGCCUGUGGUCUGUGUAUCUGCUGCUGUCGCCUUCUCGACUUUGCUCGACACGUACGUCGAUGCGGAGGAACCUGAAAAAGAGGAAGAACCUGCUGCUGGCGCUGCUGGAGACUCAGCUGCUGCCAAGAAGGAGAAGAAAGCGCCCGCUACUAGCCUCGCCGACAUUGUUGCCGCGGCACCGUCUGCCAAGAAGGGUGUCUUCGGAGUGGAUACUCGUUUGGCUGUGAUUCUGAACGCGGUGGGGAUGCUGUCCUUCUUCGUGUGGCAUUGUACGUGGGCCACCUCGACGGCGUACUCGUCGCCCUCCGUUGUGCUCGCGUCGACCAAUGCCGACGGUAGUCAACACAUCAUUGACGACUUCCGCGAGGCCUACUACUGGUUGCGUCAGAACACGCCGGAAUCCGCUGUCGUCAUGAGCUGGUGGGACUACGGCUAUCAGAUUGCGGGAAUGGCUGACCGUCCAACGUUGGUCGAUAACAACACCUGGAACAACACUCACAUUGCGACUGUCGGCAAAGCCAUGUCGAGCAGCGAAGAAGUCGCUUACCCGAUUCUGAGGAAGCACGACGUUGACUACGUCCUGGUCAUCUUCGGCGGCCUGCUGGGCUACUCGGGCGACGACAUCAACAAGUUCUUGUGGAUGGUCCGGAUCGCGCAGGGUGUCUGGCCGGAAGAGAUCCAGGAGCCCAACUACUUCACGCCUCAGGGCGAGUACCGGGUGGACGACCGCGCCUCCCCUGCCAUGAAGAACUCGUUGAUGUACAAGAUGUCGUACUACCGCUUCGCCGAUCUUUUCGGCGGCGCCCAGCCGACAGACCGAGUGCGAAAUCAACAACUUCCCGUCAAAGGCCCUACGCUGGAUUACCUCGACGAGGCUUACACGACAGAAAACUGGAUUGUCCGCAUAUAUCAAGUGAAGAAGGAGGAUGUGCUGGGUCGUGAUCUGAAGAGUGCCAAUUCGUUCACUCAGGGAAAGAAGAGGAAGCGAACGAAGCCUGUAUCUCGGAGACGAGCGAUCUGAUAGUCAGUUGGCUGCUAAAAUGAUAUUGGAACAUUUCGGAGACUGGAUUGGCCGACGCAAACGGGAUACGUCCAUCGUGUGCCCAUUUAGUGUAUAUCCUUCCUGUUGCUGUGCAGCACACCACACGUUAUCGGUCUGAAUGUCAACUUGUGGGUUUGUGCACGCGUGCUUCAAUACAUUUGCGAUCUGGUGUGCAGGCCCAGCCUGAUAUGCGCCGCGUUUCAAGCAGUCCAGGGUUGCAUUGGCGGGCCAAGAUGACUCGAGCGGGUGCGACAAACUAGCUCCGGAAGGCGGCCCGGCCGCCGGGAGAAUCUUCGAAGACCUCAAGCUUCGCUCACUUCUGACCACGCCCUCCACAUAAUCUCCCGCUGUAGGCAACCUGGCGCGCCGCAUGAUGCCAAUCCACGCGAGAUUCCUACACAGUCUGUAAUUAUCUCACCCGCCUUGGUCUCAAAUAGCUCUGGUGCCAACAUCCGGCGCGUGCUCCCAUCAGGGUGCCAUAUGGCGCCAGCUACUUAAGACAGUAGAGGCCGCUCUCCCCCUCACGCUACUCAACGCGAGACCUGGCCCAGCUCUCUACCAUCCUCAGCUCAGCAUACUAUGUCUCUCCUCCGCGACAUGCUCAAGAAGCCCAGAGAGGGCACGGGCGCAGGGCGGCCCAUGCCAGGCGCAGGCGCAGGCGCG